CGCGGCCGGGGCGAUGCCAUUGCUCUGAGUCACCGCGGGCGCGCGGAGCUCCCGCUCGCAGCGCCGCCGAGCCGCGGGACCCGGCUGAGUCACCCCGUGCCGGGAAAAGGGGCGGCCGGUGUGGUGGUGCUGGAGGAGGAGGUUGGGGGAGGCGGAGGAGAACCGCUCCGCCUGCAGCCCCCGGGGCCGGGGCCGCUCCGCCGGCGGGGCGAGUUUCGCCGGGCAGCGCGGAGAGAGGACAUCGGCGAGCGCCCGCCUGCGCGCACGGCUCUGCUCCCGCCGCGCCGCCGAGUCCUGCCGUCCCGUCCCGUCCCGCAGGCGCUCGGCUGCCAACUGAGCCAGUUUUAUCAUCAUUGUUAUUAUUUUAAUUUUUGUCAUCUCUUUUUGUUUUUACUGUUUUAUUAUUUUUUUUCUUUUUGCCUUUUUUCCCCAACCUUUUUCCUUCUCUCCGAAGCCGUUUUUAUUAUUUUUCCCCUCUCCGCGGUGAGCGUUGGGAGGCGAAAGGCAAGAGCCGAAGAGGUCGGGAGGGAGAAAGGGGCGGGGAGACGGCGAGGGAGCGGCGGGUGUCGGUGUGGGAAGGCGGGGACGCGGCUCCCCCGGCCCGACCUCGGACCAUGUACCAGGACUACCCCGGGAACUUCGACACCUCCUCCAGAGGCAGCAGCGGCUCCCCGGGACACCCCGAGACCUACUCGAGCGGCGCAGCCCAGCAGAAAUUCCGAGUAGAUAUGCCAGGAUCAGGCAGUGCUUUUAUCCCCACGAUCAACGCCAUCACAACCAGCCAAGACCUGCAGUGGAUGGUCCAGCCCACCGUCAUCACCUCCAUGUCAAGCCCUUACUCGCGUUCGCACCCCUACAGCCACCCGCUGCCCCCGCUGUCUUCGGUGGCCGGACACACGGCCCUCCAGCGUCCCGGGGUCAUCAAAACCAUCGGGACCACCGUGGGACGGAGACGGAGAGAUGAGCAGCUGUCGCCYGAGGAAGAGGAGAAGCGAAGGAUCCGGAGGGAGAGGAACAAGCUGGCAGCUGCUAAGUGUCGUAACAGGCGUCGGGARCUAACAGAGAAACUCCAGGCGGAAACUGAAGUACUGGAGGAAGAGAAGUCAGUGCUGCAAAAAGAGAUCGCUGAGCUCCAGAAAGAAAAGGAGAAGCUGGAGUUCAUGCUGGUGGCUCACAGCCCUGUGUGCAAAAUUAGCCCUGAGGAACGUCGGAGCCCACCAUCCAGCAGCCUCCAGAGCGUUCGGACUGGAGCGAGUGGAGCGGUGGUGGUGAAGCAGGAGCCUGUGGAGGAAGAGAUCCCAUCKUCCUCUUUGGUCCUUGACAAAGCCCAGAGGUCUGUCAUUAAGCCGAUCAGCAUUGCCGGAGGUUUUUACGGGGAGGAGGCACUCAACACUCCCAUUGUGGUGACCUCAACACCAGCCAUCACUCCUGGCUCUUCCAACUUGGUGUUCACCUACCCUAACGUGUUGGAUCAGGAGUCUCCUCUYUCCCCUUCUGAGUCCUGCUCCAAAGCUCACCGGAGGAGCAGCAGCAGCGGGGACCAGUCCUCAGAUUCCUUGAACUCUCCCACCUUGCUGGCAUUGUAAUCCUGCUGCAGCCCCCCAUUUUGCCAGUGUGUUACAUCCCCCACAGCACCAUGGGGGGAUCCCCCUCUGUGGGAUUAGAGACAGGCACAGGAUCGUUCAAGCACAAGGGCAGCAAGAACAAGGAUGGGGAAGUGCUACAGCUCCAGGAAGGAGAGUGAGGACCAACGCCAGCUCCCUGGAGGCAGGAACCGACAAGGGUGGGACUGACACGCCAGGGCUGUUUGGAGAGGGUGACAUCCCCUCUGUAGGGACUGCCUGUGGAAACCUCUUUGUGGCCGUAGUGGACUCGGGGAGCACUCCUGGCCAGGACUGAAGGCGAGCUGCAGACAGUUGCUAGUUGUCCCUUUCCUUUGUGGAUUGACCUGAUCGGUUGUGCUCUGUGCUUAAAUCAUUCUGGUUAGUUGAUCUUACAACUUCUCUCUUGCGUGCUCUCUCUCACUCUCUUUCUCCCCCUCUGCUUAUGAUUUCCAAUGUUGUCGAUCCCAUUACAUUUCAUCCGGCUGCUCUGAACUCUAAAGUCUUGUUAGGAUCUUUCCUCUUGGGAGUAGCUGCGGGAAACACGUAGGGUUGCCUGACAGGAGGGUGACAGCUGGGAGGACCGGGAGAUAGGGGGACCAAGAGGAGCCCAAGAGCUCAACAGCAAGGUCAGAGCCUGUAAUCUCUAGCCUGAGGCACAGAGACAGCAGAAGGCUCGUGUGGAAGCCUUUCUUUUUAAAAAUAUAGAURUAUUUAUCCCCUUGGGCUCCUCAAAAAACCAAGGUAGCAUCUCAGGGCCAAAGCAGUAUCAGAAAAAAGCUGCUGGGCUGGCACUUGUCAGUGUCACUGGUAGUUUGCUGGAUAUCAAGUCUGUUGCUUUGUUGUUUACUUUUCCUGGGCUGCCUGCUGUCUAGGGAGUAUUACAUCUUCCUUCCCAUCAGGGCUCCUGACUCAGAGGCUGAUCUCUUCCUGUUAGUAAAUCUUCUCCUCCCCUUGGCCAUAUUUGCAAAACAUGCUACAAAAAAAGAGGUGGCACCACAUGCCUAUAAAUCUAGGAUGGAGACUGGCAGCAGCUGAGAGGGUGAAACAAGCUGGCUGUACCCUUGCUGAUUUUUUUCAUUGCUGGGAAACAAAGCUGCACGUAUCCACCAGCACAGCUCAGGCCACAAGGCCCCAGGUCCUGACCAGGCAGGAGUGGCAUGGUUAAAGUGUUGACCUGUUUGAAGUAAAACAGAGCUUCUGACAAGCUCUGGCAAAUGACAAAUUGACAGCUGAGGAAAAUUGAUUAGCAUUAUUUGCACCUUGGUCUUUGGCCUCUGUUUUUUGCAUUACAAUUGGUCUUGUGGUGGUGUGGUUGAUUGGCCUGAAGAAACAAUCCAAAGGGCUCUUUCCCUGGUCUUGGGUCCUUGUCUUCUGUAACCUGUGGGCUUAACUGCUACUGCCAAGUGCUCACAGAGGGCACAAGCUCUCCAGUGCUGAAGUUCACUACUGAAAACAGUAAUGUGUGUAACCUAUUUCCACUUGGAGCCAAGCUGAGCUCCUGUUGAUGUCAAGGCACUGGCAAACCACGACCCUGUGCACACUAGGAUUGCCCAGSUUGCCAGCUGAACUGCUUAGGAGAUGGCUCUUUGGUCCUGCCUAUYGAAGCUGUGGUGGCAGCUAUUUAUUUUGGUGUGAGAUUGUCUUUUUCUUUUAUACACACAUAUAAAUAUAUAUAUUAUUUUUUUUUAAUCAACCAAAACCAGGGUAUUUCUUGUUCAGGCUGGACCUGGAGAAAUGCAACGUAUAAUUACAGGGCUAGUCCUCUGAGAUGCAAAACUGCUGCAGUCCCCACCAACUCCACUGGGAAUUAAUAGGGUUCAGUCAGGUGGAACUGGACCUUUACUCAGCAGGGCUGGCUUCCCUCAAACUGGCCACUGCUCAUUUCUGGAAUAAUUUCAAAGGGACACUAUUUUGGCUCUAAAGGUAGACUUCAGCUUUUUUAUUAUAACCAUUAUUAUUAAACCCAGGUAUUUACCAAACCUGACAGAAAUAAAAGAUGUGAGUGAUCAUUUUCCUUCAUAAAGCUGAUUUGAUUCAGGCUUUUUCUAUAUUGCUUAAACACUUUCAUCCUUAUACUGGUGCUAGAGGUUUCAAACUGAGCUUACACUUUAAGUAGAAUUCAUAGAAGAGUUUUAUUGUUCUUACAUGUAUAUCAAAACUUCUAAUAAAAUUAGACCUUAAAUUUCCCAUCGUUUGCACAGAGGAGACACUUUUCCUAGGGUUUUAUGUAAUGAUUCCACUAUAGGUGAAACUGCAGUUUCUGUGUUUCCAUUUUGCCAAGUGCUUGUUUAGGCCACUCCGCAUUGUGAAUCUAAAACUUUUAGUGAAAUUUCCCUGGAUGUAAUUUCCACCCAUUUUUGAGCAGAACACAACUCUGACAACUGGUGGGUGAAUCCUAAAAUGAUGCAGCUACUUUUGAGGCUAGCUGACCAGAAUUGCUGUCUCCUGUGAAAUCAGGAACAUCYGCCCCUUGUAGGGGUUUCAGUAAGUCAGGUGCCUCCUCAGAUCUAACUGAUGGAACAACAGAAAACCUGCCUUUGCUUUUGGUCACUGAACCAUCACCAAAAUCAGCUGCAGCUGGUCCUUGCCCACUGCCUCCUUCCUGGUCAUCGACCUGCGCAGAGACAGGACAAGAUGCUCCCUUUCCCUGACCUGUGAUACUGAUGGGAGCCAUGUGAAACUGCUCAGAAAAGAGGAUUCUUUCCUACUGUUUGGAAAAAGCCCUAGAUACCCUUGUGCCUGCCCGUUUUGUCCCUCAGGUCUCUCAGAGGAUGUCUGUGUUGGGAUUGCUGGUCUCUGGCCUUAUGUAUUUUGUGGAUCAGCCUUGGUUUUGUUUACUUUCUGGCAGGCAGUUACAACUUUACUGCCAUUUGGGUCUGGCCCUACAUUCUUCUUUUCAGGUUUUCAGGUGUGCUCUUUGGGAACUGAUUGUCUUUCCCAUGCCCUGAAAGAUAUUUUCCAUGAGUACCUUCCCUGCCAGUUCCUAAAAGUAGUGCCUCCCAUGUUCUGUAUGUAGUGGGGAUGUAGGAGCUGUUAUAACUAGUGCUAACUAAGUUGUUGAAGUCAAUAGAAAAAGGCCCAGGGAAUUUCAGCUGGUAUUGGGUCAGCCUCCUAGUGACUGGCCCAACAAAGCCUCUCCUAAUACCUUAAAUUAAUCAAUGCCAAACUGGGAGGAGCAGURGCAGCUGCACUGAAGGAAGCAUUUAGCUUCUAGGUGAUGUUUGCCAUUCCAGCUUUGCCCUCAUUCCUCCUUUCCCAGUUGUGGCAUUGCCUUCAUAUAUUCCUUUCUUGUAGGUGUGGAGACUGGGUAAGUCUCAAUCUACUUGUGGUGUGAUGGGAUUUAGGACCAACAUGCUGGGGACAGGAGCUCUCUGUUGUGUUUUUAUAAUUAUUAUUUAAAUGAUCUAUUUAGUUCAUCUGAACCUUUAAUUUUGCUGCUUACUGUAUGUAGGAUCCACCUGGCCUUCAUCCUAAAUGAAAAGAAAAAAUAAAAUKAAAACAAACCUAAGACACCUCCCUUCUCCCUGGUCUCUUAUUAUUUAUUGGCAGGCAGCCGUCUUGUGCCUGCUCCAGCAGAUCUGCCUGCCAUUAAUUUAACAUCCUCCCAAAUCACAUUCCUGGUGUUUGGUUGUUGCUUUUUUUUCCCUUGUUGCUUUUUUUUCCGUCAUUCUAAAACAGACUUCUGAAAUGUAAGAAAUCUUAUUAUCAUGACACAAAAUCAUUUUUGUUAGGAAGGCCAAGUCAAACAUUUUAAGAGGUGGGGGGAACAAUAUACAUUUAUUUCUUAUUUAUUUAUCAUGUUUACAUCUUUUUUUUUUCUGUUCAAGACUUGGAUAUAAUAAAGCAUUAAAAAUACUACAAUCUUCUUUUUUUUUUUUUAGGUUAAUAAUUUGAUUCCUUAAAUAAAAUAAUCUGGGUUUUGUUGUCUGUAUAAAAUGUAAAAAGAGAUAUGUUUUUAAAGAUGCAUUAUCAUUCCUCUGUGAACAGUAGGUGGAGUUCAGGACAAAUCUCAGAAUACAAGAUAAUAAUAAAAUCCCAUCCUGUUUUACUUAAUUGUUCCCCUCCUAUCCUGUAUGAUUAAAGGGUUAUUCCACKUU